AUGGUGCAUCGCGUCGACAUCGCCAUGAACGGAACUCCAAAGGUCAAUGGCAUCAAUGGCCACUACAAAGAUGGCUCGCUACGCCCUCCCAACACGCCCCGAAAGGCUUCCUCCCCAAUGGCUCCACCAUUCAUGGUCUCCGCUCCUGGCAAGGUCAUUGUCUUUGGUGAACAUGCCGUUGUCCAUGGAAAGGCUGCCAUGGCUGCCUCAAUUUCCAUGCGCUCCUAUCUCCUAGUCACCGCCCUAUCCAAGUCUCACCGGACCAUUCAGCUAAUCUUUCCCGAUGUUGGCUUGGACCACACCUGGAACAUCGACGACCUCCCGUGGCACGCAUGGGAGAAGGUGAAGAAGCCUCGAUAUUAUGAUAUGGUCACCUCAUUAGAACCCGACCUGGUCAAGGCUAUGCAACCCCAUGUCGAUCCUGUCUCUCCCCAUCUCACGGGCGAGAAGAAAAGAAUUCAUGUUAAUGCAGCGUCCUGCUUCCUCUACCUCUUCCUUACACUGCAUAGCCCGAAAGCCCCCGCAUGCAUAUACACACUCCGAUCAACUUUACCAAUCGCAGCAGGACUGGGCUCGAGUGCCAGCGUUUCAGUCUGUAUCAGUGCGGCACUGCUCAAACAGAUCCAUGUCCUCUCCGGACCUCAUGAAGAUCAGCCAGACGAAGAGGUUGAUCUUCAGCUAGAGAGAAUAAACAAGUGGGCAUUUGUUGGGGAGCUCUGUAUCCACGGCAAUCCCAGCGGUAUAGACAAUACCGUCUCUACCCACGGGCGGGCAGUGCUAUUCAAAAGAACGGAUUAUCAAAAACCUCCCGUUGCAACCCCUCUCAAAGACUUCCCAGAACUUCCGCUCCUUUUAAUAAACACAAACCAAUCUCGUUCCACAGCUGCUGAGGUCGCCAAAGUCGGCGUUAUGAAGAAAAAGCACCCUGCUGUAACCGAAGCCACCCUGGAUAGUAUUGGGGAGGUUACCAUGUCAGCAUAUAAUCUCAUUACUUCUGACGACUUCGACCCGGACUCAGAAGAAAACAUUGAACAUUUAGGGGACCUGUUCAGAGUUAAUCACGGGCUUUUGGUGUCCCUGGGUGUUUCCCACCCCAAGUUGGAAUACAUUCGAGAAGUGAUCGACUACGCUGGUAUUGGCUGGACCAAGCUUACAGGUGCUGGAGGUGGUGGCUGUGCUAUCACUCUUCUGAAAAGCGAAACUGAACCCGAUGCUUUGCAUGAUUUACACGAAAAGUUUGAAGCGGCUGGGUUUGACGAAUUCAAGACCACUUUGGGUGGGAGUGGAGUUGGCAUGCUCUAUCCCGCCGUACUUCGCAAUGGGACUGAAGAAGAAGGAGGCGAGGAAAUUGAUCAACAGAAAUUUCUCAACGCGGAUGGACCUGAGGACAUUGAAGCCCUGGUCGGCGUUGGUCUCUUACAGAGAAGGCCAGAGUGGAAAUUUUGGCAGUGA